AAAAAAAUUGUUCGCAAACUUACAAUUCAUUUCAAAUAGUAACAAUAAAAUGUCUAGACUCGGUGCUUUUCAUGUAACUAAGCAUACUGGAGGCAAACAUUCAGCCACAUUAUUUUAUUUCCAUGGUUCAGGUCAUUCAACCGGCCAAUAAUGGAAGAUGCGUAAAACUGCAAAAACAAACUGAUCAUCUGUAGUGCUCAACCCUGACAUUGGCAGAAUUGUCCAGGCAGACAACAGCCAGCCUUUACAAAAAUAGAAUAGAAUACAAUUUGACAAGUAAACACGCUGCAUGAGCUCUUAAAAUCAAUAUUGCAGAUAUUCGAUGGAAAAAAUAUUAAACAAUGCCUUUGAUGUUUUCAAAAAGUAUACAAAUAGUUCAAAAACAGUUCUUCCGAAUACUUAUUUUAAGAACUUUAUUAAUUAUGAAUGUUAUUCACUUAUAUUAACUAUAGAUUAUCCAGAAUAGGGCAAAUACUAGAACAAACUAGCAAAAUAGUAAUUAAAGUCAUGUGAAAUUUUUAAUAUGUUACAAUAUAAAUAUACAUAUUUUAGUGGGAAGCUCUACUGAAUUCGCACUAUGUGUUCGAGACCACUGGUCCAGGCAUCAAACAAGAUUCCAACAGGCUCUUGUUAUCUGGAUAGAAACACUAACCAGAUGCAGGUUAGAAUCCUGUGUCUGGUCUGGCCGGUUCUCUUUGAUUUAUAAAUCUAGCUUAAAUGCCUAAAGUAAAAAUAUAAUAAACUACAAAAAAAAUGGACAAGAAAUUGCAAAAUUUGGCCACUAGGGGCGCUGUAAUUGCUUGACCCAAAACUUCUAUCAAAUUAGCCUAUUAGCUUAUAUUCAUUUUUAAGCUUUUUAUUAAACACAUGACAAAUGCUGCGUUGUGCAGUUCCUGGUUGUUGUGAGAAUACUGCAUGCUUACCGACUAAAAUAUAAUUUUAUGUUUCUUUGAAAGGUGUGGUAAAACUGAGCUAAUGUUUACAUCAUGAUAUGUAUCUGAUGCAGGUAAUUGCAUCUGGAUGUCUUCAUUUUGUUCAGAAAAAACUGCACCACAAUUAAAAUUGCGGUCAUAUGCCUCAAGUCUGUAAAAAAACCGAAUGUUAUACUUCCCAUUUUAGCUAGAGGUAACGUAACUCUAUGAGAUUCUGACUGAUGCAAAAAUGAGAUAGAUUUGACUAAUGAGCCCGCUAAAAGUUACUGAGAUCCAUGAACUAUUAAAAUAAUCAUGGAAAAUGCAUCUAUGUACCGAGAAUGAGCAUUCUAGCUUAAUAAUAGAAAGAGUACCUUUCUACAAAAUUAGCUUUUUUGCCUUGCUUCUCCUUUUCAACUCUGUUGUCAGCUAUAUUACAGACCAUGUUGAAUACAUUUUCACCACUUAUUUAAUAUUUUUCACAACAAAAAAACACGUUUAAAAUAUGACAGCUGCAAUAUUCUGCGUAUAUGGUUAGGGUCAAGCGUUUGCAGCGCCGCGCGUAUACUUCUCCAUUGUUAUGUUGGUCUAAACUGAUGAGCAAAUAUUUUUCUAAAUAGGUAAUAAAACUGAAAAAUAAAUAAAAAAAAAGAAAGAACUCAAUCAUUUUCAAUAUUGCUAUGAACAAAUCGCGAUAAUAAUUCUGCAGCCUUUAAUGCCUCUUCUGCGGUAGGUAAUUGUUCUUUCUCGACUUCCUCUUCCCCAUCACUUUCGGGUUGUUCCGUAAAUGCUUUACGACGUUGAGAUGUCAUUUUUUUUACAUAGGAUAUGACUAAAAACCUUGCGUGACGUUCAACUGUAAUUACUUACUUAACAUACGAAAACUAACGUCUCGUCGGGAUCAAUGAACAUUACCGAAGGUGUAAAGUUAAGUGACGGACAUGAUUCCGUCACUAUAAAUGGUCAAAAUAGAUUAAAAAUGGGUCAUAAUAAGCGAUAUGUCACUGUAAGCAAAGUCAUUAUAUCCGACUUUAUUUCAAUGAAUUUUAUAUGAAAAUCAAGCUUUGUUGUAAAAUUACAUCAUAAUAGGAGGUUGGUCAAUAUAGGCAGAGUCAUAAUAAACGGAUUCUACUGUAUUACCUUUAUUUUAUUCUAUUCAGUAGACUGACAUAAAUAAUGACUGGUACAGAUAACCAUAUUUUUCUAAUUAGUUUUAUUUUCAACUGUCAGAGAUGUAAUAUUUUUCUUUAUUUGGAUUUUAGGUGGAACUGGUGAAAAUAUGAAAGAAUGGGUUAGAUUAAUGGUUGACUUUGCUUUCCCACAUAUAAAUGUUGUCUACCCUACUGCGCCCGCACAGCCAUAUACACCAGCAGGUGGACUUUUAAGCAAUGUCUGGUUUGAUCGUGCUGAUAUUUCUGCUGAGGUACCAGAAAGACUACAAUCAAUAGCAGAGAUUGAGAAAGAAGUGCGACAUCUUAUUCAGAAGGAAAAUGAAGCUGGCAUACCUUCUAAUAGAAUAAUUGUAGGUGGAUUUUCAAUGGGUGGAUGUUUAGCACUUCACACUGCUUAUAGAUGGGUUCGCGAUGUUGCUGGAGUCUUCGCUUUUAGUUCAUUUUUAAAUGAAAAUUCAAUCGUUUACGAAGAUCUGCAGAAAUCUCAACAUAACUUGCCCCCACUUCUCCAGCUGCAUGGGAACCGAGACACUAUGGUCCAAUUGGUAUGGGGCCAAUCUACUUUUGAAAACUUGAAAAAACUCGGUGUCAAGGGAGAAUUCCACAUACUGGAUAGAUUAGACCAUUCUAUCAACAAACGAGGCAUGAAUAUCAUUAAAAAGUUCGUAGAAGAGCAAUUACCACCAAUUUAAUGUGUGUAAUUUAUUAUAUAUCUUGUUGUUAUAUUAUAUAAUUUAGAUAGAG